UAAUGAAUUAUAUGCAUAGAUUAAUAUAAUGAGACAGCUGUAGCCUUGACUUUGCAAUAAAUAAGGAAAAUAUAGCCUUGAUUUUCCUUAGUUUAAUAAUAGUAUGAAUUGAGAAGAAAAGGAUUGAUGGAGAGAUCAUGUUGCGGGUUGAAAAUAAAAUAAUUAAACAAUGCUUUGUUUUACAAUUAUAAGAGCAUUUGAAUUGAACCAUUUGAUUAGUGAAGGCGAGAGGAGUUCGAGGCAGAGGGAUCAGAGAUGGAGAAAUUGAAGCUUUUGGAGCAGCCACACUCACACCCAUUGACGUACAUAGAAGAAAGAACAGACAGCCGAGAAGAAAUGUUUUGCUGUGUUUGCAAAAAAGCAUUGUAUCCCCCAGCUUUCGUUUGCUCCCACUGCAAAUUCUACAUUCAUCAAUCCUGCAUCCACCUCCCUCCUCAAAUUCGCUCCCGCUUCCAUCCCCAACAUUCUCUUUCCCUCACCGAAACCAACUCCGACCAUUGCUAUUGUUGCUGGCAGAUGCCCCGUGAUUGCUUCUACACCUGCUCCCAGACCUAUUGCAGAUUCAUCAUUGAUAUCAAAUGCAUUCUCACUAUCGCUAGAAGUCCUGGCUUGAACUCGAUAGGCAAACAUUUCAGCCAUUCACAUCCUUUGAUCCUCGAGAAGGAGCUCGCUACAAGGAAGCUGGUUGUUUGCCAUCUUUGUGGAAUGUUGCUUGUUUCUGGUCCUGCUUACUUUUGCUCUAAAUGUAAUAUCCGUUUUCAUAAAGGUUGCGCCGAGCUGCCGCAAGAGAUAUUGCAACCUAACCAACACCAUCACCCGCUCUUCCUUUUUCCCCAUGCCAAGCCUCAUUCUUUCUGCAAUAGCUGCAAAAAUCAAUGCUCAGAGUUUGUUUAUAGUUGUGUUCACUGCAAUUUCCAUCUCCAUGUAACGUGUCGAGUAUCUUCAAAUCACAAACACAACUUCACCAGACUGCGGACUAUAAUUAGCUUUAAAUGCCUGUUAUGUGGUUCGUGGGGACAUGAUUUUCCAUUGUUUUGUAGUAUCUGCCAUCUUUUGGCUCAUGAGAAAUGUGCAGCAUUGCCACCAUCCCUCUUGGUUAUUGGACACGACUGUCCUCUCAAUUUCACAUACUCUCACCCAUUUGAAGAUAAGGACAAGUUAGCUUGCGACAUCUGCAGAAAGAAGGUUGAACCAGAGUUCGCAGCAUAUAGUUGUUCCAAAUGCAGCUACAUCGUUCAUUUAAAUUGUGCUGCAGAAAAGUACUUGCAGGGACUACAACAACAUGAUGGACGUUUAUAUAUAAGCAGCAGAAGCAAACUAAAAACUUCAUUUCAAACCUACAUCAAUCCGUUAAAAGAUGAAGAUGCCACAUCCAAAAGUUCUUCAAACAAAACGCUUGAAGUUGAGAUUUUGCAUUCAAAUUGUGAACAGGAAUUAAUCCUCUACAAAGAAGAGGGUAACAAUGAUAAACAGUGUUAUGGAUGUAUGCAAUGCUACUCGGUCACAAUACCAUCUUACUCUUAUAGUUGUGUUAAGUGUGGUUUCUUUCUCCAUAAAGACUGUGCUGAUUUGCUAAUUACAAGGAAGCACCCACUACAUAAACAUCCUUUAACACUUAUCACAACCCAAGAUGUGGCAUUUCAGUGCCAUGCUUGUCUACAGUUCUGCCAUGGCUAUGCCUACCACUGUGAAGAGUGUCUGUAUACGCUCGACCUUCGUUGUGUUCUGCUCAAAACCAAGAAACUCAAGCAUCCAAGCCACCGGCACUUACUGUCUCUUGCUCAGAACCACGAUGAUCAACAAUGUAGGGGCUGUGGCCAGACCAACAAGACAGUGUUCGAAUGUGACGAUGGCUGCAAGGACUUCUCUUUAGAUUUCAGAUGUGCAACUCUACCCCAGAAAGCAAGAUGCAAAUUCGAUGGUAGUUUGUUGGAUCUGACUUUCUCUGUGGAAGAUGAAACAGGUGAAUAUUACUGUGAUGUAUGCGAAGAAGAGAGGAACCCAUCCGUUUGUUUUUAUUACUGCAAGACAUGUCGUUUAGCUGCCCACCCUGAGUGCAUUCUUGGGGAAUAUCCAUGGCUUAAGUAUGGAUCAUAUGAAACUCACAAGCAUCCGUUGGCUCUUGUGACCGAGGGGAAGAUGAAUUACUCUGAUUGUGAUCACUGUGGGAAACCUUGUGCUGGCAACUUGGCCUAUGAAUGUCGUCGCUGCAAGUUCAAUGUCCACGCUAUUGGGCACUGUUACCACGAGCAGAUACUCAAAGGCAAACUAAGUUUCAAGAUCAAGUGACAAAUUUUAUGCUUUCCUUUG